UGUUCCCUUGUGGUUAGAGAAACUGGGAGGUUGGGUUCCGUGUGAGGAGGCUUCCUGGCGGGUGACCGGAGCCACCUCGCCUCCCCUCUGCAGACCUGUGGGCUGACGCGGGAGUUGGUGGCGGAAUCUGCGUGCGGCUGCGGAGCCUGAGCUGGGCGCGCGGCUGAGGCCCCUUGGGCCCGGGCUCCUCCCGGAGCGGGUGUGCGUCCCGGGCCGGGCCUGGCUCCCGAGGCCGGGCCGGGCGGGCUGUCCUUCCAGGGGAGGCCGCGAGGCCAGCGUGGGCGUCCCCGCGUGCCAUCGUACCCCGUGCCCAGCUUGAGAUUCGCGAAUGACAACCGCGGUACCAUGUGAAGUCUUGAGAGGCGGCUGCGUUUGUGGGGGUCGGUGUUGUUCUAGUGACAUUUCGCUGACUCGAUUUCACACUAGUUUGUGCACGACCUCGUUUCUAGAAAAGUUUCUACGUGGAGUAUUGGAGUACGGAGUGGGGUCCUGUGCUCUGGGAUUAAGUAACGUAGUUGGAAGACGGAGCCUAUGACUGGAAUCCCUCCUGCGGGAAUGCUGCCCCGCGUGCACACCGGCCCUGGAGAACCGAAGCAGAGUCACAGAAAGGAGCAGCUCUGGUCAGCUUUGCCCUUAGCACUUACUGCUGCUACGUCCACAGCACAAGAUUCGCGUGAUACUGUUUCCUCCAAAGCUCUGGACCCCUUCGUGCUGUUCUGAGGUUGGGACCAACCUUGAGGAGAGAGAGGUGAGCUGGACUGAGGAAUGAGCCAGAGCCUAGUUACCAGAGGGGACCCGACCUGGGUCGGGGUGGAGGAGACCCUGCCACACUGUGAAGAUGUAUGUACUGGUACCCUCACCCCACUCUCACUCAUCCUGUUUCUCCAGCUGUGCUUCCAGAGUCUUCUGUGAAUUGCCAACAGUAACAAUACAAAAAAUGAAUGGAUCUCUGGGGUUGGUGUCAUUUGAGGAUGUGGCUGUGGACUUCAGCUUGGAGGAGUGGCAAGACCUGGACAGUGCUCAGAGGACCCUGUAUAAGGAUGUAAUGAUGGAGACCUACAGCAACCUAGUGUUCCUGGGGCACUGUGUUCCUAAACCUGAAGUGAUUGUCAAGCUGGAGCAAGGUACAGAGCCAUGGAUGGGAGGAGCCUCAGACAAGAAUUUCUCAGAUGUCCCACAAGUGGAUCACUUGAUUGAGAUGUGCCAAAAAAGCACAGAGAGAUAUCUGUGUCAAGUUGUAGUCACCAAUAGGGACACAGUGGAGCAAAGAGUUACAUUAAGAAGAACUUUUAAUUUGAGCUCAAUCCAUAUGUCAGAAUUGGCUAUGAAUAAUGGGAACUCCCUAGGGAUGGGAACUAAGGAGUCUAUUGUGCAUCAGAACAUACUUCUCCAUAGUGAUUCUGAUGAGUAUCAUGCUGGGGAGAAGCUUGUUGUCACUCAUGUAGUUGAACAAGCCCUGAGACAUUCUACACAUUUUGGUCAACAUCAUCAGAGUCCAGCUGACCAGCAGAAGUGUGAAUAUGGUGGAGAAGGGAAAGUAUUAAACUCAGAUACCAUAUUUUUUACUCAUAAGAAGGCACAUGUGGGAGAGCCCUCCUGUAAGUAUAAAGAAUAUAGGAAAGCCUAUGACAUGCCUUCUCUCAUUGUCCAAGAAAUAGCUCAGGUAAAAAGGAGAACAUUGGAAUGUACUGUAUGUGGGAAAACAUUCAACAUAAAUUCUAUACUCGCUAAAUAUCAGAAAAUGCACAUGGGAGAGAACACAUACAUAUGCAAUAAAUGUGAGAAAUCCCUCACUAAGAAAGUAAAUCAUAAGACACAUCAAAGAAAAUAUCCCAAGGAAAAGCCCUGUGAAUAUAACAAAUGUACAAAAUCUUUCUGUCAGAAGUCAGACCAUAAUUUCCAAUCUAAAACACACACAGGAGAGAAAAAACAUGAAUAUAACAAAUAUAGCACUUCCUUUUGCUGCAUAUCAGGAGUCACUGUACAUCAGAAAACUCACAUAGAAGAGAAAUCCUAUGAAUGUAAUGAAUGUAGGAAAUCUUUCAGUCUGAAGUCAGAUCUCAGCAAGCAUCAGAGAACUCACACUGGAGAGAAACCUUACAAGUGUAAGAAAUGUGGAAAAUCUUACAAGCAGAGUUCACACCUCAGUGUGCAUCAGAGAACACACACAGGAGAAAAACCUUAUGAAUGUAGCAGAUGUGGAAAGUCUUUCAAACGGAUGUCAAAUCUUAACUUGCAUCAGAGAACACACACAGGAGAAAAACCUUAUGACUGUAAGAAAUGUGAAAAGUCCUUCAACCGAAAGUCAAGUCUCAACAUGCAUCAGAGAAUUCACACAGGAGAGAAACCUUAUGAAUGUAAUAUAUGUGGAAAGUCUUUCAAUCACAAGUCACACCUCAGUGUGCAUCAGAGAACACACACAGGAGAGAAACCUUAUGAAUGUAGCAAAUGUGGAAAAUCUUUCAACAAUAAGUCAUACCUCAGUGUGCAUCAGAGAACACACACAGGAGAAAAACCUUAUGAAUGUAAUAAAUGUGGAAAGUGUUUCAACUAUAAGUCAUAUCUCAGUGUGCAUCAGAGAACACACACAGGAGAAAAACCUUAUGAAUGUAACAAAUGUGCAAAGUCUUUCAACCGGUUAUCCAGUCUUAACUUGCAUCAGCGAACACACACAGGAGAGAAACCUUAUGAAUGUAACAAAUGCGCAAAGUCUUUUAAGCAGAAUUCACACCUCAGUGUGCAUCAGAGAACCCACAGGAGAGAUACCACAUAAAAGUAAUAAACAGGAGAACCAUUAGCCAGAAGUUACACCUCAACAGGCAUCAGAAAACUGGAUAUAAGGUAGAAACCCUGUAAAUAUCAAAGGAUGCAGGAAGUCUUUAAACCAGAAGUCCAACUUCAGCAAGCAUCACAGGACUCACACAGGAAAUAAAACCUGUUUAGGAAAACCUUCUGUCUUAAAUCCCAUCUCACAAAACUUCAGAAUUUAUAUAGGAAAAUUCUACAUGGCGGUGAUUAGCUGUGUGUUUUCUAAAACCAUUCUUUUCUCUUGGACACACACUGAGCCCACAUUUCUCAGCAUGUCAUUCUAAAUGAGGUACUGUACCUAAACACUGUCCAGAGGAUUUCAACACAUGAUGGCUAAUAAUUUCAGGGUUGACAAAUGCAGAUCUGAUAGUCUGCAUAAGAGUGAAGUUGAGGAUUUGUUUCAUUUGCAAUAGUCCUUUUAAUUUUGCUAUGUUUCCUCAGAACUAAUAAAUCCUGCCCUUGGGAAUGGAAUCAGAUAAUCGCCAAGGUGUUUUGGGAGAAGACCCAUUCAUUAUAUGAGCCAAGGAAAUGAGAACAUAGAUUUAUUUACUGCUAGCCCAAAUCUCCCUUUGUACUUUAUAUUACUGAGAAAUAAAUACUUGUAUGUGUGA